GGAGGGAGAAGGAACCCAAACUCUCCGGGAGCACGGGGGGGUGGGGUGGGAGGAGGGGAAAGGAUGGGGGGUGCUUCCCUCUCUGAGUCCCAAACAAAGUGUCACAAAGAGCUCGGCCGGCGGCAGCAGCGGAGGCGGCUGUAACUCAGCUUUUGUUCUCCUGGCCAGGGGUAGCUGAGCCCUGGCCUCCCUAUCUCCCAACCCUGCCCCCUAUCAUCCUUCUGGCUUAUCUUCCCCGAAGGGUCCGAGGUGCUGCUGGGAAACCCUCUCAAGUGGAAUCAUAGGUCCUACCCUACUUGCCAACCUAUUUCUGGAGGGGGAUUUUCCCAGAGUCUCUCUUGCCCACCUCCCCCACCUUCCCCACGUCCUAGUCUGAGGAAUGAAGCUCCUAUGGGUGCUAAGACUGACUUUUCUAGGUUCAGCUCCAGUUAAGGGGAGUUAGGGCUGGCUACACAGCCCUCUUCCCCAAUCCAGGCCCUUUAGAACUUUCAGAAUUGGGGUCAUGUUAGGACAUGCCUCUGAGAUAAGACUCAACCAUGGUGGGUUGGCACCAGGUGAGCAGGUGUACUUUCUUCCUGCUGUCUGGAGUCUAUGACUGAGGUUCCAUGCUCCCAACUCAGGAGAAUGAGGAGGGAGGGGAAGGAAGGUUUACUAAGAGCUAGGUAUAAAAGGCAGGCAAGCUGUGGAGUAGGGUGGGUUUGGAGAAGCUAUCUGAGUAGUGAGGUGCAAAGGGCCAUGAAGAGACCAUAAAAGUGAACAACUUUUUUUUGUGUGUGAUCAAGGUAAUCUUGACUCUAGACUACCUAAGAAGUUCUCUUUCCUUUUUACCCCUCUAGUUCAGUGGCAAUCAUAAUUGUUAGCAGACUUGGGAGGCAUAGGUUUUUCAACAAAGGGAAAAACAUCAAGUAUUAAAGAUGACCAGAGACAGAGACCUAGUUAUAGUCAGACCCCAGAAGUCCUGAGCCCCUACCCCUUACACUUUGACCUUAAACCUUUUUGAAGCACAAGGCUUGAGGGACAGUCUUCGUGGUCCGUUUAGCAGAUGCUUCUAUGUACCAGUUUUUUCUAAAUCUUUUCCCCAACCAUUCAUCCUUCUGAACUCAGUAAGGUUUGGUUGUCCACAUCCCCUUCCCCACCAGUGCUGUUUUAGUAUGUAAGGAUAAUUGGCCUGUUGCUUUUGAAAGAUUUCUGAUCCCUAUCCCAGGCCCGGCAUCCCUAUGGAAUCUAAAUAAGGGCAAGAUAUCCCCUGAUUCCCGUGGAGGCGGAAAGUAGGUUAGUGCUACUAUCUAGCCAAGUCUCGUGGUGGUGUUUAAGGGCCGACUAUAGAAAACUGAUUAUUUUCCUCUGCCAAUACAUGCAUGACCUAGGUUCCAAAUCAGUUCAUAGAAUCUCAGUCCUCUGUCAGUGCUUUCCAUUAUUGAGAAAAAAAUGAUGGGGUCAGACACCUGGAACCUGGUUUGGUAUGACGAUGAUUCAGGAUUUUUUUUUUUUUUUUUGAGACAGAGUCUUACUAUGUUGCUCUCAGUAGAGUGCCAUGGCAUCGCAGCUCACAGCAACCUCCAGCUCUUGGGCUUAGGCGAUUCUCUUGCCUCAGCCUCCCAAGUAGCUGGGACUACAGGCACUCCCAACAACACCUGGGUAUUUUUUUGUUGCAGUUUGGCCAGGGCCAGGUUUGAACCUGCCACCCUCGGUAUAUGGGGCCGGUGCCCUACUCACUGAGCCACAGGCACUGUUUGAUUCAGGAGAUUUUUGACUGAGCCUAGGAAAGACUCUCAAUGAGUUUUGUUGAUUUUAGGCCAUCUUCUGGGGAAACUUUUCCUGUUGAGGAAUUCAGCUUCAGUUUAGAAUUUGUUGUAUAUUACUAUAUUUUCAUCCUGGAACCUGCUAUGUGAAAAGAGGAUUUGUUGUUGUUUUGCGGUGAUGGUGGUGGUAGUGGGGGCUUUGCCCUAUUCCUACUUUUCUUGCCUAGGAUAUGAGGCCAGCUUCCCAUUAAGUCUUUUGCUUGCUAUCUUAUAGACAGUUUUAGGGGCCCUAGAAUCUUCUCAGAAUCAGAGUAUGUGUGCGUAGGUUAGUCAGCUAUGACCAUGCAGUAUUCCCAGCUCCCCCUCUCCCUGCCAUCUGCUUCCUCUGAAUAUACCAGAUUGGCUGUACACCAGGAUGUUCCGGGAAUCCCCAGGAGAGCAACAGAAUGUGAUGGACCCAAAUAUGAUGCCUCAGUAACUCAUUCCAGGAUGUACAAACUGUGACUAUCAGGACACUCCUUAUAGCUAAUUAAAAUUCUUCUAGUUACCUCUAUUUUCUAUUACCUCUGUCUAUUUUCAGUGAUAUCCAAAGGCCAAAAUAAUCCCUCUGGUACCACUGUUUUUUUUUUUUUUCCCUAUGGUUCCCAGAUAGGAAUUAAAAAAACCCAAAAAACAAAAACCUUAGCUUUUCUCAGUACUUUAUCUGUGAUGCUAAAAUGGCAACCGUGGCCCCUCUAGCUCUUCAUAGCUCUGUGGUCCUGAGGUGGCCAAAGUGGCUUCUCUGGUAGCCCACUGCACUCUCCAUGGUACUGAAGGAAUGGCCAUUUGUUUUAACAUCUCUCUGGGGUCCAGAAGAGUCUUGUGACACAGAACCACAAAACUUUUUCUAGCUGGAAGGGACUAUCAGGGUAAAUUAGUCCAAACCCCUUAUUUUAUUUACAGAUAAGUAAACUGGUUAAGUUAAGUGAUUUACCAAGGCUGUAGGGCUAUUAAUGCUUAGACUGGGUCCACAAUAGCCUUAUACCCCUCGGCCCUAUUAUAAUUCACCUUUUAUAACACUAUUUAGUGAGCCCAGGAAGGCUCUUAUUCCCAGGAAAGGAGUUUAUUUGGACAAACCAGAGGAUGAGAGUGGGUACUCUAGUUUGGUGCUACAGAAAGACAACAUAUUAAAUAGUAGUGGAGGUCAUCUAGUGACCCUUGGACAAAAACACUUUGUUAAUUAAUCUUCUGCUAAUUAUACUACCAUAGCCCAGAUUCUGCAUGUAACAGGUACCUUCCCCUUCAUGGAAUCUUACCACAUCUACUACAUGUUGAAAAUGAAGGAAGCCUUGGACCUCCAGAGCCUUUUCUCUCUGCUGAUAAGCAGGGCUGACUCUUGGCCCAGUUUUCUUCUAUUAAAGAUCCUUAAGCUAAGUAAUUCUUGAAUCCUUUUCUUUCUCAGUAACCCAUUUCAGUUUCAUAAUGCAUAAUGUAAGGAAGUUCUUUGUAUCUCAAAUAUUCUAUCUUACCUAAAAAAUAGGUUAGGCCCACAUUCAUCUAGUCUUGACCAGAUACAAUCCUAUAUAGAGGCCAAAAGGUAGACUGGACAACUUCUGGUCAUCCUCUCAUGCCUGUUUCCAUGAAUCUUAAUUCUGGGGUUGCUUCUAAAUCCUAAGGGUGAUCUCCUCUGAAGCUUAGAAUCAGGAACACCCCCCACCCCAUACUCUUCCUCUGAGUGCUCUUUUCCUUCCUUAGCACUGUAGUCUGCAUGUCCCAGGCCUAGGGAAUUUUAGCCUGGAGAAUUUUAACCCCUUCCUGUUCAGAGCAUGUGCUGAGCCCUUAUCUGUGCAGAUGGCCCAGCCCAGCCCCGCCCCCCAUCCCUCACUCCAGCCUCUUGAGCUCAGAGCCAGUGUAAUCCUCCUCUUGUGUGAGGGAGCCUCUCCCCUGCAGAGAGGAGGAAAGCCUGCCUCGGAACAGCCCUGGACAAAGGGGCUCAGAUGCCCCAUCAUACUACAGGCUCCAAGCCCCUCAGAACCUGUUGCCUUCACUAGCAGCUUUUCCUCCUCUUCCCUGCACUCCCCAGAACCAAAGAAUGUGAAAGGGGUCCAUGGAGGUGAGUGAAGCUCUGGCCUCAACAAGUACUUAAAACUACAUACGCCCUCCCCAUGCCUACCUCUUUCUCUGACCUCCCAUCGUUAGAAGUAUCUCUGUGGCUCCAACGUCUCAAUUCUCAUCCAUCUCCCAAUUUCCCGAGGGCUCACGUCCCCGUGCACCAGGCGGCCACUUAGCGCCGUCGCCGCCAGCUUUCGACGGUGAGCUGGAUCUGCAGCGCUACUCCAACGGGCCAGGCGCCAGCUCGGGGUCGCCGGGAAUGGGAACCCUGAGCUGGUCUGAGAGUCGCACGGGCGAACGGCGCUUCCCUUGCCCUGUCUGCGGGAAGCGCUUCCGCUUUAACUCCAUCCUGGCUUUGCACCUGCGGGCGCACCCCGGCUCCCAGGCCUUCCAGUGCCCGCACUGCGGCCACCGCGCAGCACAGCGGGCUCUUCUGCGCUCGCACCUGCGCACGCACCAGCCGGGACGCCCUCGCAGCCCUGCCGCACGCCUACUGCUGGAGUUGGAGGAGCGCGCCCUGCUGCGCGAGGCCCGACUCGGGAGAGCGCGCAGUUCGGGGGCCAUGCAGACGUCCCCUGCCGCCGAGGGCCCGGCGCGGCCCCAGGCUCCUUCCACGUCCGCCUUUCGUUGUCCCUACUGCAAAGGCAAGUUUCGCACCUCUGCGGAGCGCGAACGACACUUGCACAUUCUGCACAGGCCCUGGAAGUGCAGCCUGUGCAGUUUCGGCUCCAGCCAGGAGGAGGAGCUGCUUCAUCACAACCUGACGGCCCACGGGGCUCCCGAGCGCCCCCUGGCGGCCGCCUCCGCUGCUCCCCAACCCCAGCCUCCACCCCAGCCUGAACCGAGAUCGGUCCCUGAGUCGGAGCCGGCGCCGGAGCCGGAGCCGGAGCCUGAACAUGAGGCUACCCCGGCUCCCGCCCCUGCCACUCCCGAAGAGCCUCCUGCGCCCCCGGAGUUCCGCUGUCAAGUGUGCGGCCAGAGCUUUACACAGUCCUGGUUUCUCAAGGGCCACAUGCGCAAGCACAAGGCUUCCUUUGAUCAUGCGUGCCCUGUGUGUGGCCGCUGCUUCAAGGAGCCCUGGUUCCUUAAGAACCACAUGAAGGUGCACGCCAGCAAGCUGGGUCCACUGCGUGCCCCGGGCCCCGGUUCGGGGCAGGCCCGGGCCCCCCAGCCUCCUGAUCUGGGUCUGCUGGCCUAUGAGCCUUUGGGGCCAGCGCUCCUCUUGGCGCCGGCGCCUACCCCUGCUGAGCGCCGUGAGCCCACGAGCCUCUUGGGGUACCUGAGCCUGCGAGCGGGCGAAGGCCGGCCCAAUGGCGAGGGCGCUGAGCCCGGCGCCGGCCGCAGCUUCGGAGGCUUCCGCCCACUGCCCUCCGCUCUCCCGGCCCGGGCUCGCCGGCACCGAACGGAGGAGCCGGAGGAGGAAGAGGAAGUGGUGGAGGCGGAGGAGGAGACCUGGGCCCGGGGCAGGUCGAUGGGCCCUCUGUCUUCCGUGCACUCGCGCCCCGGCGAGGGGCCAGGGCACUCUGCACCCGCUGCCGGGGCCCAAGCAAGAUCAACCACCACGCAGGAAGAGAACGGGCUGUUGGUUGGAGGGACCCGGCCUGAAGGGGGCCGGGGGGCCACCGGCAAGGAUUGUCCCUUCUGCGGAAAAUCUUUUCGCUCAGCGCACCACCUCAAAGUGCACCUGCGAGUGCACACAGGCGAGCGCCCUUACAAGUGUCCGCACUGCGACUACGCGGGUACCCAGUCCGGCUCGCUUAAGUAUCACCUACAGCGUCACCACCGAGAGCAGAGAAGCGGGGCAGGCCCCGGGCCACCCCCGGAACCACCCCCCACUUCCCAGCGGGGUUCUGCCCCGUCGUCCGGAGCCAAAUCGGCUCCACAGCCUGCAACCUGGGUCGAGGGCGCAGCAAGUCCCCGGCCUCCUCCGAGCGGUGCCGGGCCGGGGUCCCGUCGGAAACCCGCCAGUCCCGGGAGGACCCUGCGCAACGGGCGAGGCGGUGAGGCUGAACCCCUGGACCUGUCCCUGCGGGCUGGGCCAGGAGGCGAGGCCGGGCCGGGCGGUGCCCUGCAUCGCUGCCUCUUCUGCCCCUUUGCCACUGGAGCCCCCGAGCUCAUGGCCUUGCACCUUCAAGUGCAUCACAGCCGUCGGGCUCGGGGCCGCCGACCACCCCAGGCUGACGCAUCCCCGCCCUAUGCCCGGGCACCAUCAGGAGAGACCCCUCCCAGUCCUUUGCAGGAAGGGGAGGAGGGCCCCGGGCUGUCGAGAUCGGGAGAGGCGGGGCUGGCAGGGCAAGAACGGUAGGGAGCCCUCUUAGGGGCGAUUAGCUUAGUGAGCUUACUCCGCCGGAGCGGGGGAGCGCUAGAGGUAGUUGGGUAGAGCAGCCAGCAGGGGGCAGCAUGGGACCCAUAUCCCAGCCCCAGACGGACCAGAGGUGGAGGGGGCGGUGGGCGUAGGCGGGUGGGCGGGCAGUACCCACCCAGCCCAAGGGAGUCACAGUGCCUUAGAAGUGGCAGAGGUGAGGGUCAAAGAACGGGGUCCCAGGGCUGGCAGAGGUUGUGUCCCUGGUGAGGAGCCACUCUGCCAGUCUUUGCUGGUCCAUAGGCGUGAGAGUUUAUUUUUGUACGAGGGGUGGGGGUGGGGGGCACUGUACCCUUCUUGCCCCAUUCAGGGGCCCUGUAGACGUCGCUAUUUUUGGUACGAUUCCUGUCAUCCCUGUCGCAGAGUCGUGUCCCCAAUAAACAGGUGUCUUGAGGCACAGG